UCGGCUAACCAAGAAAUUUUGAUUUUCUUCUGUUGUAGUCAAAGAACACAAACAGUUUUGAUUAUCAAGUGAGGAAAGUUUGUCCUGGAGUAUCUUCCUUUUACUCUGCAUUCCCAGUGCAGCUUGAAAAAACCUACAGGUUCUUCAAAUGACUGAAAUGCUGUGCUUUCCUUACAGGAAUAGCUUCUGCAGCAUGAGCUUUGAAGCAGAGAUUCUGACGGCUCCACACGAUAAUUCAGAGCUAUACGUAGUCCCUUCCAUGAGAAGUCUCAUGGCCGAGGAGUACGUGGAGGCCUUCAAGUCAUUUCUGGAUCACUCUACGGAGCACCAGUGCAUGGAGGAGUUCAACAAGCGAGAAAUGCCCCACAUCAUGGCUGGUCUGGGCAAUGGGAAAUCCACCCUAAAUGUCCUGGGAGUCGGCAGCGGCACAGGUGAGCAGGACUUGAAAAUGAUCCGGAUCCUGCAGGCCGAACACCCAGGGGUCUUCAUUAACGCAGAAAUCAUAGAGCCCAACGCACAGCACGUGGCAGCGUACAAAGAGUUGGUUAAUCGAGCUCCCGAUUUCCAGAAUGUCUCUUUUAUGUGGCACCAGCUCACUUCCUCUGAGUAUGAGCAACAGGUGAAAGAGAAGAGCACCCAGAAGAAGUUUGAUUUCAUCCAUAUGAUUCAGAUGCUGUACCGUGUCGAAGAUAUUCCUAAUACGAUCAAGUUUUUCCACAGCUGCCUAGACCACCAUGGUAAACUCCUGAUCAUAAUUUUGUCAGAUAGUAGCGGAUGGGCCACCUUAUGGAAGAAGUACAGACACUGCUUGCCUUUAACCGACAGCGGCCACUACGUUACCUCCAAUGACAUUGAAGAUAUUUUGAAGAGAAUCGGGGUUGAAUACCAAGUUUAUGAGUUCCCAUCGGGCUGGGACAUCACGGAGUGCUUUAUCGAGGGGGAUCUGGUUGGAGGCCACAUGAUGGAUUUCCUAACGGGGACGAAAAACUUCUUGGGCACUGCACCCGUGGACUUGAAGAAGCGUCUCCGAGAGGCUCUCUGCCAGCCCGAAUGCAGCAGCAGGAAGGACGGGAGGAUCAUCUUCAACAACAACCUGAGUAUGAUUGUAGUUGAAUCCUAAGGUCUGGGCCAGCUGCAGAAGACAAACGGGGUGGGUGUAGGGGCAGUGCUCUGCCCUAGCAGGGGGUAGUGUAGAAAGGAGGCAACUGGCAAAAUCUGAGAGGAGGUAGGCGAGGAAGAGAGGUUCAGCUCGCAGCCUCCUGCUCACAGCCGGCAUUGAUGCAGCUGGGCUCAAUACUGUGGAUGAGCUCUUUGUCCCACUGAGGUCAACGGGGCCAAGAUUUCACCCCAGAUAUUUAGGCCAGCCGUAGGAGAUCUACAAGGUCUGGGCUUUGCGUGUUUCCAGGUGGGAGCCCAUGGCACGAGUUCGCACCGCCUGACCGUGUGUCGUGGGCAGUCAGUGCGUACCAGCUGGGGAAGUCCUGCUCCACCACAGGGCUGUCCAGGGACUAGCGUAGCUGCUCAGAAGAAAGAGUUAUGCCUAAUUAAAAGCCUACAGGGAGAUCUUUUUAACAGUAUAUGUACUGUCGGUGGUUUUCACACUGGGA